AUGGCAGCUCCUAGACUCCCUUUCCUGUACCCGAACUUGCUGCGUUCCGUCCGGUCGUGCGAACCCACGCCGCGUUCCCUCCGUGUACCUUCAUAUAAUAGUACUGCCGGUUUUCAUUCCAGUCACCGAUGCGACCAAGACAUAUAUCCUCGACGCUACGGACCAGCUAAUGAGCUUCGAUUGCCACCGCCGUUGCGACCAAAAGACAGACCGAUAAACCAGCCCGUUCCAGGUUCGACCGGCAAUGAUGUCUCCCCGCAGGCUCAGACGUCGCCGGAUCCGGCGCAGGCGCAAGAUCUCGGGAACUCGGCCAAGGAGGGCCAAUCUGGGGCAAUUAAUAGAGAUUUGAAUUCGGUUAAUUCGAGCUCAGCCAAAGACCCGAAUCAGGAGCCGUUAGAGAGCGCGUCGCAAGAUUCAGAGGAUUCCGAGCCUGCCCCUCCGGAGCAGAAGGACGAAGAACUCGAAGCACAAAAAGACGCAGAGCCGGAGAAUCCGCUAGACACGGUCUUACAAAUGCCUUCGUCUUCAGCACAAUUGACUCCGUCGGGGGUUUCCGGAUCAGAGGGGCGCAGGACGCCUCCUCUAUCUCCUCCUCCAUACGUCCACCACUUCGACACGUACAGCCUGGUUAAAGACCUCGAGAAAGGCGGCUUCAGUGAGGGACAAGCCGUGACGUUGAUGAAGGCUAUUCGGGCUAUCCUACAGGAAAAGCUAGAGUUCGCCCGGCGGACUCUGACGUCAAAGUCAGACAUCGAGAACGAGCUGUACCUGUUCAAGGCGGCGUGUUCGGAGCUCCAGCAGUCGAUGCAGACAUCCCGGAACGCGGAGAUCCAGAGGCAGCGCACGUCCCGGACGCAUCUACAGCACGAGGUGGAUAUUCUCUCGCAGCGCAUGAACCAAGAGCUGGCGAGGUUGAACGACGACCUGAAGGGAAUGUUCAACGACCACAAGAUGGCAAUAAAGGAAAUGCAGCGUAGUAUCGACACGGCGAUCCAGGAGCUGAAUUACAAGAUCACCGUUUCUUUGAACAGUGACGGGAAAAGCGAGGUCGAGGGGCUGAGAUGGAUCUUGACGAGACGAGCAGCUCUCGCCAUCGCUACCAGUGCCAGUUAA